AUCAAAACGUUUUUUUACCUGGAAUUAAUAAUGUACAAUUUAAACUAAUAUAAGCUGAUAUAUGAUGAUAACUCUGAUGUCUCUAUUUUCUAAAUAAAUAUUUUAUUUUUUCAAGUUUCUCUUCAACAAUCUGAACCACAUCAACAAAAGCUCCGCCCACAAUGAUCGAAUGUUUCUCUGAACGUGAGAACAGAAUCUUUCCGCUACCGCGUCCACGGAUCAGCUUCACUUCACCAUGUCUUUGUCCAUUUAAUGAUGCUUUAUGUCUCCAGCGAUGGAGCCACGGAGGACCAUCAUCUUCCUCUUCUUAGUGAUUAGAUUGUCUGAAACUGAGGAGGUGAAGAAGAACCUGACAGGAACUGUGGGAGGAAACAUCACAAUACCUGACCCUGUGGUGGAGAGAGGAUUUCUGUUAUAUAAAGGAAAGAAUAUUGCUCUGGUGAAUAAAAGGGAACUUGAUAUAUUAGAGGACAUUUACAUGAACAGACUUCACUGGGACCAAACCACUGGACUCUUUACACUCACAGGUCUGAAGAAGAACGACUCAGGAGUUUAUUAUGUUGACUCCAAAAAAGGAAGAACUUCCACCACAUCUUAUGAUCUCUUAGUGUUUGACCCUGUCCCAUCUCCUGCAGUGAAAAAACAGAAUGUGAGCUCUGAGAGCUGCUCCCUGCUGUGUUCUGUGGCUGAAGAGACCACACUGUCCUGGUACAAAGACGAGGAGAUCCUGAACCAGAGCAGCUCUGCUGUCUCUCUGCUUCUCUCUGUACAAGAGCAGGACUUCAGCUCUUCAUUGAGAUGUGUGGCUUCCAACCCUGCAGAGAAGAAGACUCUUCCAGUCGAUGUGACCACGUUCUGUGGAGGAAAGAAGAGCCGAGGAUCAGACAACCCAGACCAAAGACAUCAUUUGAUGACCAUUGUAAUACCUGUUGUCGCUGGUGUUGUUGUUCUUGUUGGACUGGCUGCCUGGUUCAUCAGAUCCAAGUAUCUUAACCCAAAGAAGACAACCAGUCAAGCACAAGGCAGUGGUGGACAACGAUUCAGACGUGCAGUAUACUGAUGUAAACAUAUACAGACGUGUUCAGGGAGAUAAUUUCCCGGACUCUUCAGAGACCGUUGAUCGUCCCAAUCUGUCGACAGUCUACGAUCAGCUGGAGGCUCAUCGCAUGUUACCUGAUCCUGCUCAGACCACCUGAGACAAUAUUAAGGGAUUUCCAUCUUUGAUCUUUAAAUGAACUAUUGGUCGUAUGUACAUUUCAUUGUUUAAUAUUUAUUGUAUUGCUUUGUUUGUAUUUACCUGCACUUUUUACUAAAUACAUUCCUGAUUCCUCUUCUAUUUUGUCUAUAUUAAGACAUGUGAUAGUUUCACAUUUCACUCCUUUUAUUGUAAAGUGCUUCAAGCUUCAACAUCUUUCAAAUAAAGAUGUUCAACAGUAACAAAUGCUUUUUAUUUCUAAUUGAGACGCUGCAGGAUUAGAACCCAUGGGGGAUCAUUUAAUCCUUCUAACAAGCUUGAAGAGUCACUACAAAUGUUAAGUUCAGGUGGUUCACAAAGUCAAGCUCAGCCACAUUUAAUCUCCUCCAUCUUGUUUACCUUUGCUGUUUUUCUCUGCUAACUGCUUUGAAACCCACCUCGGGCCCCAGCUCCUCCUUCUAAGCUGUUUCCGCCUUAUACUGUGUUUCAUUUGUGUGUCAUUAGUGCUCCUCUCUUCGCUACGCUGCGGGUUCUUUGCUUCUGCUCUUCCUGUCUUAGGCUUUCUAUUAACAAGUGUCACCAGGUUUCUUUGACUUAAGUUCUCCAGACUGAACUAUGUGCGUGUAGCAUGAGGCAGAAACCGACCGUUGUAUACAAGUAGAGUUACAGAACGUCCACUCAACAGAGCAAGUUUAUCUUAACAUGUUUACUCCUCACAGCUUUUGGGGCUGUGACUUUGAGGUCGUAGACACUAAUAGAACAGGAACAGGAAAUGGCUCAAAGAGGCCUGAGUGUGUUCAGUAUGUAGGACGAAGGCCUUUGAAACUUCAUCAAGUUUGUACUGAAGUUAUGUACAAAAACACUGUUAACUCAAUUUAACUAAAGACAAAUAAACUAACACAGACAAAUCUUAGCUUCACAUGCACUCUGCUACAGUCUGACAUCCAUCUCUGUCAAUGACCUUGUGGUCCCCCCAGUCUGCAGAAAACCAGUCUAGACUGAACCAUAAACACGACACAGCAGCCUUCCUGGAUAUGGAAAGUCCAGUGAGUGUUUAUUGUUAACUAGUCAAUCAUGAAUUGAACUUAAUUAACUAGUUAAUUAACUAGUGCAUACAAUGCGAUGUACAGUUAACUAAUUCAAGCCUUUACUAGUGAACUAGUAGGAUAUCUACUAGUUCACCACUAAACCCAUUUGCAGCUACACUAGUGUGUAAUAGCUGACUAGUACAAGGAAAAAUAAGCACUAUUUAAGUAGAGUAUCAUAAAAUAAUGAUGAGGUGGGAGGCGCAUGCACUGAGGCUUCCUAUUGGCUCUCCAGUCCAAAAUGAAACAAGACAACCAAUUAAGACUCAGUUUCCUGCUUCAUUUGCACUAGUUCACCAGUGAUCAUGAUUCCUCAGUAAAUGCACCACGUUAACAGCUCUUACUGGUAAACUAGUUGGGGUCUGUUGUGAAUUUACAUGUCAGCGGAGCUGCAUAAUUGUACAUGUUAACUAGUGAGAGUCACCGUGUCCACUGCUUUUACAUGUUAACGUGUCCACUGCUUUUUUACCUUCUAGUAAACUAGUUGUAUCCAGGAAAAUGAACCAGUUAACUGGCAGCACAAAUAUUUACAGGUAUCUCACUGUUUAACUACUUAAAACAUUGUAUCACUAGUUAACUAGUCAUGAAAUAGUUUUACUAGGUAACAUGUUUGGCAGUCAAAACAUAUAGUAGUAUAGUAUAAACAGCUAAGAGACAAAUGAAUUCAGUUCUACCUCAGAACACUUUCCCAACAUUUAUAAAACAAACGCCUCCAUCCAAACACGACAUGCUUUUUGUCACAGUAAACUCGUGUCAAGCUGUAUGUUCUCAUGUGGAUUUGUUGACUUAGACUCAGCUCUGUGUGCUGGCCAUCUGUCCACCAGGUGAUUUAUUGUCUGAUAACCUGCAGGUGUUCUGCUUUAAUAAAAGCUCUUUCAUCCAUGAGAACCAGGAAGUUAAGGCAGCGAGUCGUUAUCUCACUGGGUUUUAUUUCUAACUGGUUCCUCCUGUCCCUACGAUAACCUUGCAGAACGAAUCUUCCUCUUCUGUUCUCAUCAUUUCUCUGUUCAUGUUAUAUUUCUAUUAUCCUAGCUAAAUAAACUGGCCCCCAGAAUGUUACUGGAUUCGAGCAUAUGUUCCUAUA